AUGAGAGACUCGCUAUAUACCAGGAUCCACGCUCGCGAGCUCAACGAUCCGGCAGUGCGCUCGAAGAGCUACCGAAAGUUAUACACCGACCGACGUCUUAUCGACGACUUGGACAUUGUAAAUGAGCUGGAUGGACACUCAGGGUGCGUGAACGCUCUGUCAUGGAGUAAAUCUGGUAACCUGCUCGCAUCAGGCUCAGACGAUCAGCAUCUGAACAUUCACACUUACCAGCCGGAGAGUACGACGAACCAGUUCCAACUCACUGCCACUGUCGCCACAGGCCACACCCAGAACAUCUUUUCGGUCAAGUUUAUGCCCCAUAGCAAUGACCGAACAGUCAUAACAGCUGCAGGAGAUGCGCAAGUAAGGAUAUUUGACUUGGAAUACGCCGGAGCAGCUGGAUCGGCAUCCUUUGCGUUGGUCAACGCUUCAGAAGGACGAAGAAGAGGUAGGAACAAUAUGUACAAUGGCGUGAGGUAUCUCAGCGACGGCGAUACCAAUACACGCGUAUACAAGAGCCAUGGAGAUAGAGUGAAGCGUAUUGUUACGGAGUCCUCUCCGUACCUCUUCUUGACUUGCUCAGAGGAUGGCGAAGUAAGGCAGUGGGAUCUACGGCAACCAUCUUCAGCAUAUCCGGAGUCUCGUGGCUCUCGAUUGAGCUCGGAUUCUUCUGUACCAACGCCUCUGAUAUCGUACAAGCGCUACAGCCUCGACCUCAAUACCAUCUCAUGCUCCGCCAGCCAGCCGCACUACAUAGCCCUUGGUGGAGCUCACCUCCACGCUUUCUUGCACGAUCGUCGGAUGACAGGAAGAGACAGAUUGAGAGAAAUGGGAAGAGCAUUGUCGCCGAUCGGCCAGAUGUCGGCGGAGGAGCAAGAGAUCAUGUCACAGGCAACACAGUGCGUGAGGAAGUUCGCACCAAAAGGGCAGAGGAGGAUGAAACGGGCGGACAACGGUCAUAUCACGGCAUGCAAGAUUAGUGAUGCCAGACCUGACGAGAUGAUUGUCAGCUGGAGCGGAGAUCAUAUCUACAGUUUCGACCUUGUGAGGGACCUGCCAGACGAAGAGGAGACCACCGGUGCGCUAAAUAGUCACCGAGCGAAGGAGAGCAGGGAUCGAAAGCGCAAGCGGAAAAACAAUGGAAGCGAAGCAUCGCUGGCUCAAGAUACUCGAGCCUCUUCAAAACCACGAACAGGUGCUACCUCGUCUGAUGCAGCCUUGAGGAUACGGUAUCAGAACGGCCAGAGCGAGGACAUUCCUAUUCCACCUCGGAGCCAGGCGCUCACGGAGAAGCAGAGAGACGCACAGCGGAUCGCAAAAGCAACUGUGAACAUCCGGUCAUCUUUGUUCGGACAAGGAGAGGAGGGGUCCGAUCCAUCUGCGCAGUUCACUUCUGCAUUGGGCCAUGCCGCGAGUAUACUCGGUGACAUAGAUGAGACGAUGAGGAGCUGGGGCUACCCCAUGGAGCCUGAAGUGGACCAAGUCUAUGUCCAGCAGACUCUCAGGCGCCUUCGGGAACGGACAAGGAGAUUCGUGCAGGCAGCCGGCACGGUCGCUCGCGUACUUGGCGGCAAAUUGCAGACCCCAUCAGGCUACAGCCCAUUAAUGGCUCAGUUUAGUACGAUCGAAGUCAGAAGCAACGAUCUGGUCAUGCCGAUGCGAGAAAUGUUCUUUUACGACUUCCUCAAGGCGAUACUUCUGUGGCUAGACUCUGGUAUUGGCCGCCUGAUUGAAGGCUUUACCCGCCCGAGCGAUAUGCCGCAGGGUGCGAAAGCUGCUGGCAGCCUACCCAUACCUGAGGCUGAAGCUUCGUCUGACGCAAUCGACGAGUUCCUGAUACCGUACCUACUCAACUGGGCGGGAGACGAUCCCAUUUUCAACGUGGAGGCCAAUAGAUUUGAGACAGAUGAGAGCCAACAGCUCUUUCGGUCGCAAAAAGCCGCUGUUCUUGCCUUUGCCUCUGCAGUGAAGAUACCGUUCGAAGAUCUAUCGUCUGCUACGGUGCUAUCAGAGAGCAGUGGAGGCGAAGGGGUACGUGCGCAAGACCGGCAGAUUGCUCACAGGUACUGGGCUCGAAAGGUUGCUCGCAGUAUACUGUUGACCGUUGCAGAAGGCCUCAACUAUGUCACCGUCGAUCGAUGCUUCGGUGGACUUGGUAGAGUGGUCAGAGAGCUCGCGGCAGAAGAAGCUCUUGUGGAUGUUCUUGGUGACGAUGGUGAGGAGGAGGAAGGCACGAGCGCUAUGGAGGUGGUCGACCGAAAUGGUGAUGUCGUUGAUGGUGCUAAUGCAGAGGAUAUCUCCGCUGCUGCUCAUGCGACGAGACAUGCAGAAUCGAAUGGAUCGCCUGAAGAAGAGAUGACCGACACGCCUGAUGAAGCUGAGGCGCUCCUUGAAAACGAACGACGUCAUGUCCGACGGCCAACGUUUGUGCUGGAGGAAGACGAAGAGGACGAGCACGAGAACGAAGAAGACGACGACCACGAUGACGACGUUGACAAUGGCGACGACUCUGAUGAGGACAGCGAAACCUCAAACUCCAGCACCGAGGCGGAUGAAGAAGAUGGGGUGCCGAACGUCGGUAUGCCGCGAUACAUCUAUCGUUCGGCAGUUGAGCGGCGAAGGUUGCGUCCCAAGGUUCAGCCAGACGUACCUUGCUCAAGGCCGACUCGGACAUAUCGAGGUCACUGCAAUGUGCGCACUGUGAAGGAUGUCAAUUACUUUGGACCUGAUGAUGAGUAUGUCGUCUCAGGGUCAGACGACGGCAAUUUCUUCAUCUGGGAUCGCAAGACGUCGAAGCUUGUAAAUGUGAGUAUUCCAGCUUGGACGAGACUUUGGAAAAUGCUGAUGUGUAUCACUUCCUAGAUCCUCGAAGGCGACGGAGAAGUUGUCAACGUUAUUCAAGGCCACCCUUACGAGAACAUGCUCGCAGUAAGUGGUAUCGAUCAUACGAUCAAAGUAUUCUCUCCAGAUGCUCGAGCGCGCGAGGUCGCCCGUCUUGGUCAGGGUGUUUCCGCGCAUGACGCAUCUUCCUUCAGCUCCAUUGCAUGGCCGAUACGAAUAGGCCACCGCCCCCGUCCCUCUGAGCGCCGAGCAGAAAGCGAAACGACAUCCGAGCCCGCUGCGCCUCUUUCCUCGGAGGAGGAAUUGGAAGCUGCUCACGAGAAUGACGACUACGUGGCCCCAAAUGGACUGAGCAGCCGCAAGAGAAUGCACGAUUCGUACCGCAUCACGCAGAAUAAUGAUGUGGAGCGUGGGGGAGGGAGCCAAGAUGCGGUCAUUACUGUACGUCCCAGUGUUCUUGUCCGUUUGUUGAUGGCGAGAGGCAUGUGGCCUCUUCCAGGGGUGGAGCUUGAGGAGGGCGAGAGCAGUGACGAGGAUUUUGAAAUAUGA